AUGGAUCAAAAAGAAGUUGAAUUUUUCCAAAACAACGGGAUUGUAUGCCAAAAUCUAAUUGCAAAAGGUGCAUAUGGAACUGUUUACUUAGUUUACUCCACUCAAUAUGGAAGUAAUUUUGCAUUAAAACGAAUUCCCGAAAAAUUGUUUUCAGCAUCAGAAAUUGAUUGCUUAAUUGCACUCGAUGAUCAAAAAAUCGUUAGUCUAUAUAAAUACUUUAAAUUCGAUGGCUACGUUUAUCUACUUAUGGAACAUUGUCAAAAUGAUCUUGAAAAACUAUUACGAUAUAGCAAAAUGCUCAGUAACAAAGAGUUACAGAAAUAUGUUUACGAUGUAAUCCUAUGUGUUAAAGCAUGCCACGACAGAAAAAUUGCUCAUUGUGAUAUCAAACCAAGCAACUUUUUAAUAGACAAGUAUGGUCGCGUCAAGAUUACAGAUUUCGGACUAUCCAAGAUAUAUUCAGAAAAUCCGACAAGUUCGGAAUUUAAGGGCACAAAAUUGUUUAUGGCUCCGGAAAUCUUCAAAAAAGCCUCAUAUAACCCAAUGGCUGCAGAUAUUUGGUCUCUCGGUGUUACUUUGUUCUAUAUUGCUACGAAUACAUAUCCAUUCUUCUCAAAUGACCAAAAUAAACUUAUCGAAAAGAUAGAAUCAGGUGAGUUCCCAUCAGAAAUUAUAGAUAGCAGACAUUUAAGGGAUUUGAUUACAAAAUGUAUUACUGUAGAUCCAAAUGAGCGUCCAACAGUUUCACAGUUAUUGGAAUUACCAUAUUUCAAUAAUUUACGAAAUAUUGGAGGUGAAAAACUCCCUCUGAUAAGAAAAGAUCCAAUAAUGGAAAGUAAUCUCGUAACACCCCAAACAGCUCUUGGUUAUAGAAGACUCUCUCAACCACGAAUUAUGCCGAAAUAUAUACCUGCACGUCUUAAUGAUAUGCCAAAACCAUAA